UGGAGCACAACGCACUUUCUUGGUUGAUAGCUGAAGAAAAGAUCAACUAGGAAAAACAAACUGGGACAGAAAGUCCAGUGACGUGGCCUGCAGAGGAUCACCUGAGCUGAAAUACACACAACAAUUAACAGGACUAUGCUAUAGGAUGUCGGACAGCGAACAUCCAGCCACUGACCUACAGGAGAGCAUGGAAAGCCACGCCCCCAAAGAGCCACCACCACCAUCACACGAUGAUUCUUCACAUGACGCACAAAGUGACAGCUCCGCUGAAUUAGCCUCAACUCAAAAGACGAGGAAGAGACCAGAAAAUAAACCACCUCCUGAAGUCCAGCAAAGUGCAGAGACAGCCAGUGUGGCAGAAAAUGCAUCGAAGGCUUCUACACAGACAGCUGUAACUCAGGGUGGUUGGGGGAGCUGGGGAAGCUGGGGGAAGUCUCUACUUUCUUCAGCCACAGCCACUGUUGCAACCGUAGGCCAUGGACUGUCUCAGGUCAUCGAGAAGGCAGAGACGUCUUUGGGAAUUCCCAGUCCUACGGAGCUCUCUGCCCAAACGGAAAAGGAAGAGAAAGCAGAUGCUCCUUCCAGCCCCAGUGAAGGAAACAUGGCAGAAGGAGAUGGUACUGUGUUGGGAAGUGCUAUGGGAAUGCUGUCCUCCAGCAGUAUGGGAAUGCUGUCCUCUCUGUCCAGUGUGGUGCAGAGUACAAGUAAAACAGUAAUAAGUGGUGGACUGGAUGCUUUGGAGUUUAUUGGUAAGAAGACAAUGGAUGUGAUAGCAGAAGGAGACCCUGGGUUCAGAAAAACAAAAGGCCUGAUGAACAGAACGUCCACCUUGUCACAGGUUUUAAGGGAGGCAAAGGAACGAGAGGAAAAGCAGACUGCUGAGAACGUCACCUCGGAAACAGAGAAGAAGGCUCAUUAUGGGAUGCUGUUUGAUGAGUUCCAGGGCCUGUCACAUCUAGAAGCUUUGGAGAUCCUGUCCAGAGAGAGUGAAGUGAAGGUGAAAUCAGUGCUGACCACGUUAUCGGGCGAGGAGCUGACCGCUCUGAGAGAGGAUCUGGAGCAGAUCAAGGAAUCCUUCUCCCUGAUGGAGUUUGAUGAUGAGGAGGUAGAUGACCCAAAAGUCGAUGAUGGUGAAAAUUUUGUUAAGGAACUGACAGACGCUCUUAAAAAGCUUCACAUAUCCACAACAGCAGAGAAGCUUGGCAAGGCUAGGAAGAAUGCAUUUGACCGUAUUAUGGACAUGAAGAUUCCAACUGAAGCAAAGCAGCAGCAAGAAGAGGGCAGUGAGCAGGAGGCCAUGGUGACCAAGUGCACAGUUGAGGAUGCUCACUCAUCUGCUAUCACAAGCUUGGCAGAGCUGACAGCCAGGUCCAUCGAGCAGUUCCACAAGGUGGCAGAAAUGCUUCUUCACUCCAGCACUGAGGGGGUCACUGCUCUGGAACAAGCCAAAGUCCUGGCACAAAUCACAAUUAUUCUCUGCAAGGAGAUAUCAGUGCUGUCGAAAAAAUUCACAGCUUGUUUAGCUACAAUUGGGUCAAAUGAAAAAGGAGAAGUACUGAAUCCUUUAAUCACUGGAGUUUUCCUGGAGGCCUCCAACAGUGCUUCAUAUAUCCAGGAUGCGUUCCAGCUGUUAAUGCCAGUACUAGAGGUGUCUCACAUUCAAAGGACGGCAGAUUCCAGUCACCGAUAACCACUCAACACUCUCCUGUGCCAAGUAGGAAUUUAGAAAUAAUAAGGAACAAUACCACGUACGACAGGUUGGAAAUGCAGUACAUACUUUUGAUGUACUGUAUGGAGUAACAUGAAACACAGAAUGGAUUUUUACUGGUAAUUUUACCAACAAAAUAUUAUUGGGGAUUUUCUAAUUUGGAAAAAUAUUAAUGCUGUUCCAUGUGAUUAUCCCUAACAGGAUAUAAUUUUCUCUUAUUCAUAAAUCUGAUCAUUUAGAAGCUUUAUGCAGCAUCAGCUGUUAACCCUAAAAAAUGUUUUUGACACUUUGCAAUCAAUUAUAAUCACAUUGAUAAAGAAAUUAUCAGUAUUGUUUUGACCAUAAUGUGUUUAGAGUUGUAAUAAAUAGAAGAAUUGUAGCUUUUAAAGAAAUAUGCCAUGUAACCUCUUAUUUAAGCACUCAAGUAAUUGAUACGUGUUGUGAUCUAAGGAUAAGAUGUGCAACAUUCCUCAUGUUGAGGUUCUGUACUGCUGUGGUGUUGGUUCAAAGACGCUAUCUCGGGUAUAGUAGUAUUUGGAUAUUACACACACAAAGAAUAAAAUUAGGUUCUGCAUGUGGUAUUAUGUAGUGUGAUCUCAUUCUCAGAAAAAAAUUGAGCUACUUUGCUUUUUAUCUGAUUUCAUACUAAUAACAUUUUGAGAUUAUGAUACUACACUUUUAAGAAAAAACAAGGUUCUGUCUAGCACCUUACAGCAUUGUUUUUUUUUAUUUACUGGUCUGGAGGAACUCAAAGUUUCUAUGUACAACCCUACAACAGAGAGUUUCUUUUAAAAAAAAAAAAAAAAAAAUUAUAAAUAGAACACCUUUAAAAACUAGAAGGGGCUAAAAGCAUUAGCAGGGAUUACAGCAUACUAGACUUAUAGAUCUUCCCUGCUUGUGAUAUACUAUUUAAAAAAAAAAUUGUAAUUAAACAAUAUAAUCUUCUAGAACCAAUAGCCUAAGGACAGGAAAAUGAGCAUUUCCACCAUUUCAGGUUUAAGGAGACUAAGGCAGGCUGUAAUAAUAUUACUGUGGAGUCAGGAACUGCUUGCUGGCAGUGGCAAUCAUGAAAACUCCGCUGGAAGGUGGAUUUUUAUGUGAUUCUGCAAUAAUCUGCCGUUUAAAAAAAAAAAAAAAAAAAAAAAACAUUUU